AGCAGCGGACGUGGACAGCACAGUGGACGAUGCGACAGUUGGUGCUCCAUUGCCACAUUCUGGCGCGACGUCAACCUCUGGAAGGCUGACGGAGAACCACGGUUUGCGUAGAACGAGCACGCUUACGAGGGCCGUAGUCAUAGAAGCCCCUGGCGAUCAAGCGGAUGAUAUCAGCUCUCCGCCGACAGAAGCAGCCAGAAGCAAACAUGUAGUGGGCGCAGACAGCGAAGAUGCGUCUAUUGACGCACACGACCUCCUCAUCUUCGACAAGAUUGUUGGUCAUCGUCGAGACCCCCAGACCCAGAUGAUAUCUCACAUGCGCGUGCGCUGGAGAAACGGCGCUCUGACAUGGGAACCGAAAGCGAGUAUACAAAAAUGUGCUGGUGAACAUCUGCUGUCCUACUGGGACUGUGUGAAUGGCACACGGGAGGGCGCCAUGGCGGAGAGCUCGCGGCGCAUUCCAGAGAUUGAGAAGCACAUGACAACGACCGCAAGCAUCGUGACCCUGGAUUUGUGUUGGGUCGCGUCACAGGAGCGGCCACGGGAGCCUGAAAGUGAUGUGCCAUACAGCGAGCGGGCAACUUUAGGAAGUUCUGCGGUUGGCGAGGGUGGACGCGAAAGGGCAACGAUACCGGUCGUUCGGCGGUCGAAGAGGCAUAGUCGACAAAGCUUGAAUGCGAUAGCGGGUCCGGAUACGGUAGCCACCGCACAGACGAACGCAGUAGGACCAGCCCGACGACAGGUACGGAAGAAGGACAGCCAUGGUCAGCGGAGAGCUGAUGGGUCGGCAGACAAGUUGGCGCCGGCAGUUGCAAGGUCGAACAGGAGGCUUUCGACGACCGAGCUGAUGGCACACAAAAGCCGGCGGCCAGCGGACGACGCUACUAAGCCGUCAAGAAAGCGAGUUCGUUUAGUAUGACGCUGAACAUUCCGUCCUGCCAAACGCCAGCUGAUGGAACCUGAUGACUGACUUGACGUGAGUUCACGUGCGACAGAAGCAAGGCUGAUGCCCCGUCGUAAAGCAAUGCCGAUUUUGUUCCACAUCUUGUAGAUUAUGUAGAGUGCGAUCACCCACUGUAUCAAAUCUAUAAUAUAGUUUAUCAGUCCAUGUUGUCAUAUCUAAAUAUGACGGGAAAGACCUGAC